GCAAAGUCAAAUUUCAAAAUAACAUUUUUUGUGACUCUGCCUCCCUUUCGAAAGCCAGAAGGGAUCACAAAGUGAACAUAUUUAUCGCAAACUCGAGAGAGGGGAUUUGUCGUCGUCUGCUGGGCAAGACGACCACCAUUUAGGCUGUACAUCCAAUCACUGGGGAUCAGUUAUUAGGGAGCUCCCUUGGGACAUCGAGGAAGCAGUCAGGUCAGAGCGAUUCUAGGGUAACUUGGGAGGAAAAGUUGCAGAACAGGGACCCAUGCAACGGAAGAAAAUGGCGUCCGAAUCUUUCAUCAUCAAGACGCCUAGCUCGUCCGCCAACAUCGGCCCCGGGUUCGAUGUCAUCGGUCUCGCGCUGUCCCUCUACCUGGAGCUGCAUGUCACCAUUGACCGCUCCAAGGGCACCAGCUCAAGUCCCCUCAAUUGUCGCGUGACGUACGAAGGCGACGGCGAGGAAUCCGGAGACAUUCCACUAAACCCUGAUGCGAAUCUCAUCACCCGCGUGGCUCUCUAUGUUCUACGAUGCCAUGGCCAACGUGCGUUCCCAGUCGAGACUCAUGUGCACGUCAAGAACCCCAUCCCGCUGGGAAGGGGACUUGGUUCUUCGGGAUCUGCCGUUGUUGCUGGUGUGAUGCUGGGUAAAAUGGUCGGAAAGUUGGACCAUUUAGAUGACAACAGGUUGUUCGACUUUUGUUUGAUGAUUGAGCGACACCCUGACAAUGUGGGAGCUUCACUCUUUGGCGGAUUUGUUGGGACAUAUCUGAACCCACUGAAGCCCGAGGAUGUGGCACGCACGGAGAUCCCGCUCAGCGAGGUCCUUCCCGCACCUGCCGGCGGCAUUGACACCGGCGAUACCCCGCCGGAGCCGCCACACGGCAUAGGCCAUCACAUCAAGUUCCCCUGGGCCCCCGAGAUCAAGGCUGUGGCUAUCAUCCCCAACUUUGAGGUCGCAACCGCUAAGGCACGCGAGGUGCUGCCGGCACAGUAUUCCAGAUCCGAUGUGACCUUCAACCUGCAGAGGAUAGCCCUCCUUCCUGUAGCACUCGGCCAGUCACCUCCUGAUUCGGGACUCAUUUACCUGGCAAUGCAGGAUAAGCUGCACCAGCCGUACCGCCAAACACUGAUACCCGGUCUGACCGAUAUCGUCGAGUCGAUGACGCCUACUACCCAGCCAGGACUGCUGGGAGUGUGUCUUUCGGGGGCAGGUCCAACCAUACUGGCGCUGGCCACGGACAACUUUGAACAGAUCGCGGAGCGCAUCAUUGCCAAAUUCAAGACGCAAAACAUCACAUGUACUUGGAAGUUGCUUGAGCCAGCCGAGGGGACUCAGGUUAUUCGGCAAUAGAGCAAAUUGUGGAAUCAAAUUAAUACCCUUUUACGCAAGUAUA